AUGCUGCGUCUCACUGCCUCCGUCGCCCUGCUGCUUCAAGCAACCGUCGUAUCAUCGAGCGUCAUCGACGGUCGUGCAGAUGGGUCCGGCAUCGACCGACGCGAUAUUUUUGGCCGGGUAGUCCCCCGAGACGUGUUCAAGGCAAACCCGACAUGCCCGACAGACCGCGAGGCCUUCAAGGCGCACAAGGCGGCAAACAAAGUGGAGGCGCUGGACGAGCUGCUCUACGGCUGCAUGCCGAGAAGUCUACGAGGCCAACUCUAUCCUAGCUUUGACGACAGCAACCAAAACACCUUGGACGACGGCGACGGGAACUCAAUCGCCCGAAGGGGAGUCGACUCGAACACUGUGCAGGAAAAGCAAAAGAGCACGCAAAGCUGCGAGGAAAUCACCCGGGCCUGGGGGUGCGUGCGUGGCCUCGACUGCCACUAUUCGCAGGCCUGCCGGAAGUCGGGCCUCCAGUCGCUCCACCGAGAGAUACUGAAGCUCGACGGAGCCGAACUGAUACCUUGCGGAAAUCAACCAAAACCAAGGGAAAUGCACUGCAGGAUGUUGAGGAACCCAGUCGCUGCCGAAGAGGUCAUGUUUGAUCGUUUGAGCAUCGACAUCGUGCUGGGAGGUGGCAAGGGAGAUGCACCGGCCGGAAAGAUCUUUGCCGAAGUAGGGGGCUCCGCGAGAGCCUCCAUCUUCGACGGCGUGUUCAACGAAAACGAAGCCAUGGUCCCGAUCAACGUGCCGGAAAUGUUUGACGGCGAAAGCGAAUUUUCGCUCAAGCAAGUGAUGCAACACCGCGUCAAGCUUCAUUACUUGCCGGCUGGCAGCAGGGGCGGCGAGUUGAUUCAGAUCAGGUCCUUGACCAUGUUUGCGCGCCUCAAGGGCACCAACAUCCUCUUCAACACCACUCCCCUGCGCGAUCAAAAGUUCCAGUCCGCACGAGGCGGUUCCGUCCUCUGGUCCCACCAGCUCGAUUUUGGCGGCUGGAACGCCGUGGUUGGCUUUCAAAAACCCCCAUCGCCCUUUCAAUGCCUGAGCACGGAAAGCAUGGACGAAUGCUCGGAUAGGCUGCGUUACGGUUGA